UUGCUUCCUCCUCCUUGCUUCCUCCUCUUCCUCCUUCCCGUUGUCACUCACUAGCUGGAGAAACACGCGUAUUGUCCACCGGCCUGGUCUCACACCGACGAUAAAGAAAACACAGCAAAUUUGACAUAACUUGUGGAGCAUUUGUCUUUGAAUACUAGUUUAAGCUCAACACCUUUUACCCAGGAAGAUGAUGUCAAAGAAGAUUCCCCAGUGCUCUGCGCUGGAUCAGCCGGAGCAUGAUCAGCCUCCCAGCCAUUGUCAGGUUGACCGGUCCGCAAAUGCAGCACUGGGGUCUAGGAACAUAGCUGAAUCAGGUCAUAGAAACGGAGAGACGGCGUCUUCUUCCCCAGAGAGCGGCAGCUUGAACGGAGAUGGAAAGCGCAGCGGGAAAAGCCGCCGCCGCAAGAAACGUUCAUCCAAUCCCGAGAGUCGCUCUGAGGGGAAGGUUGACAGUAAGACCACGAAUGACGAAAAGCCUGACAAAAGGACCAGCCAGCCACCACCUGACCCCCGCACGGGGCUGAUUGGCCUGCAGUCUGAGUGUGCUAGUGUUUGGUUCGACCGCAGCAUCUACGAACAAGCCGAGAGCCUCUACCAGUGCUGGUUGGCGAGCUCCUCCAAUGGGACCACCAAGUCAAAGCGGUCGCCUCCAGCCCCAGGAAAUCUCUCAAACACUCCAUCCGCUGCGGCUCCAUCUUCCUCAGGACAGGUGUGCCACCAUGGCAAUCAGGUGGCCUGCCACCACGUUGUCCAGUCCGUGUGGGUGAACAAGGCGACCUUUGACCGAGCAGAGCGCCGCUUUGUUGAAGAAUCCGUGCAGCCGUCUAUUCCAAACUCUCUGAACCUUCCAUCUCGGCCUAACCGCUCCAUUGCACCCAGAACACCUGAUGAAGGAUAUAUGUCUCUAACCCCGACACCUGCAACCCCUGUCAUCCAACAAGCAGCUGUCACGCCAACCAAUCGACAAUCGAUUAACGGACUGCCCCGCAUCCCUGUGGAGCUGCUUAGAGACGUGUGGCUGGAGAAGCCGCUGUAUGACCGCGCCGAAGCAGCCUUCUACCAGAAUCUGUACGGUAACAGUUCCUCCAAACGCUCCAGCUGCGCCUCCGCUGCCAGAAGUAGCGACCACCCUCAAAGUCUUGUAGAAGAGGAGGAGGAGGAGGAAGAAGAAGACGAGGAAGCGGUGGUGGAGGAAAAACGGGUGGUCCCGCAGGGUAAAGCAGAAGUCUUCCACGCUCUGCUCCCUAUUCAGGAGGAAGAUGAGCCAGCUGAGGUCUCAGAAAAAGUAGUAGUUUCGGGAGCUGGAGUCUGCUUCUUCGUUCACCCCGACAGCGAGCGGGUGUGGCUGGACAAGUGGCGGUAUGAUGCUGCAGAGAGCCGUUUCCAUGGAUACAAUGGCAGUGAAGCUGUGGUGGUGAAGAAGGGUCGGAGGCCAGAAGCCCCAUCAGUUGCCUCCACCGCCCCACUGAGGGACAACACCAUGAGUUCAGUAGACUUUCUGUCCCAGGAGAAGAUCUGGUUUGACAAACCUCGCUAUGAUGAGGCCGAGAGACGCUUCUACGAGCGCACAAACGGCUCCUCCCAACCAACACAGGAUGUUGGAGCUAACAGCAUUCUGCAAGACAUUGCUCGGGCUCGGGAGAACAUCCAGAAAUCUCUAGCAGGACUGAAGACAACACUGUGUAACAGAGGGUCUGGUCAACCUUCCCUGAGUCAACAGUCCCAGCUUAGCAGCAGCAGUGCAGCUGAUCAAGGAGAAAUCAUCUGUCGCAUCAAGAGCCUGGAGCUGGAGAACCACAGCUUACACAAAGUGGUGGAUGACUUGAGGGCUGCACUUUCCAAACUGGAAUGUCGGGUAUCAGUUCUGGAGAAAUCUCCUGCAGCUGUGACCCCUGUUACCACUCCGUCAGUACCCUACACAAAUGGCACUACUGUCCAGCAGAAGACCAGCGCCCCGGUUAAAAAUGAGGAGGAAGACGAUGAUGAUGAUGAUAUUGACCUGUUUGGUAGUGAUGAUGACGAAGAGGCAGAUAAACUCAAAGAACAGAGGUUGAAGGAGUAUGCAGAGAAGAAGGCCAAGAAGCCCGGCAUCAUCGCCAAGUCUUCCAUCUUAUUGGAUGUCAAACCUUGGGACGAUGAAACUGACAUGGUGAAGCUGGAGGAGUGUGUGCGCUCUGUGCAGGCGGACGGCCUGUUAUGGGGCACGUCCAAACUGGUUCCUGUCGGUUACGGCAUCAAAAAACUCCAGAUCGCAUGUGUGGUGGAGGACGACAAGGUGGGAACGGACAUGUUAGAGGAAGAGAUCACCAAGUUCGAGGACUAUAUCCAAAGUGUUGACGUAGCAGCUUUCAACAAGAUCUGAUUCCAGUGUGUCUCUUUCUGUCUUUCGUCACGCCUUGUUUCGCUGCUGAUUGUGUCAAUGGUUAAUAAUAAUAAAAACAAACUCCCGCACUU